UUCUGCAGGUUUUGUUCGUCCUGCUGGUUCCCACAGGCAGUGGCCAUGCUGGGAAGGAUGGGAACGUUGACUGGACGUUGCAGGUUUGAGCUCAAGCAGCGCCGCUCGCUCUCCUCCCCAGUCCUACCAAGACUUCAUUACCCAGCAGGCAGUGGGGGCAGGAAGGACAGGACAGGACAGGAGGCGGGACAGAUGAGCUUGGCUCAGAUCAACUCCAUCCUAAAGGCCAACGAACACAGCCACACCCCCCCCAGGGGACCGGCCUCCCACGGUGUGCUGGGUUUCCAUAGCAACAUGCUGCAAUCCAAUCAGCCCAGUGAGGACCGUCGCAGCAGCGCCACCUACCUGCCGGGGAGGGGGGGCCUGCUGUUCGGAGUGUUCGACGGCCACGCGGGGCCGGCGUGUGCCCACAGCGUCAGCCAGCGGCUCUUCUACUACAUCGCUGUGGCCAAGCUGCCACUGGGAACACUGGCGGAGCUGGAACGCGCAGUGGAGGAGGAGCGGGCCGUACCACCGCUGCUGGAGUGGCACCAACACCCACAGGACCACAGCUCCCCCCACGGAGGAGCCACCUCCUCCCACAGCCUGAGACUCUACUGGCAGGAGCGGCUCCAGGACCAGGACCAGGACCAGGACGAGGACCAGGACCAGGACGAGGACCAGGACCAGGAGGACGGCAGGGUGACCCCGGCGCUGGUGAAUGCUUUCCGUCGUCUGGACUGUGACCUGUCUGUGGAGGCCCAGGUCCACCUGUCCACGUCCAGACGUCUCUCUCUCCCUGGGGAGAGGUCUCAGUCCUCCCCGCUCCGGGUGGCGCUCUCCGGCUGCACCGCCUGCGUCGCCCACAUCUGUAACGGCGUCCUGCACGUGGCCAACCUGGGAGACAGUCGGGCCGUCCUGGGGGUCCAGGAGCCGGACGGGCGCUGGUCGGCUGUCAGCCUCACCAACGACCACAAUGCACAGAACCCUGAUGAGCUGCAGAGGAUCCUAGGGGAACACCCGGCGUCAGAGAGGAGGACAGUGGUCCGCCACGAGCGCCUGCUGGGUCUGCUGCUGCCGUUCAGGGCCUUCGGAGACGUCCGCUUCAAGUGGAGCAGAGAGAUGCUGAGUCGGGUCCACGAGGCUCGAGUGGACCUCCGGUCUGUGGUCGGGGAGGGGGUCCGGACUCCGGCACCUCAUUACCUGACUCCACCCUAUCUGAGCGCCCAGCCGGAGGUCAUCCGCCACCGCAUCAGACCCUCCGACAAGUUCCUGGUCCUAGCAACUGAUGGAUUAUGGGAGUUGAUGCACAGACAGACUGUGGUCCAGCUGGUGGGGGAACUACUGACAGGCCUUCAGCAGCAGAGACCCCUGGUGCCGAGCAGAGGCAUGACGCUGGGUGGACUGCAGCGCCUCCUGCUGGAGAGAAGGGGACAAGUGAUGUCUGUGCUGGAGGACCAGAACGCCGCCACACACCUGCUGCGCCACGCGCUGGGGGACGAUGGGUACGGAGCCGUGGCCCCGAACCGUUUGGCCAAGAUGCUGAGUCUGCCAUCAGAGCUGGCACGGAGGUACCGUGAUGACAUCACCAUCACCGUCAUCCACCUGAACGAGCCCGACCUUUGA